UACCCGAUCAGGCGAUGUCUCAAAAGUCGUUGUUUUCCGAAGUGAACAGAACAUCUAGAACGUCGUACGGCAGUACGAGAGGUCAAUAUCCUCCCGUAGCCGAUCGUCACGGCGCCGUCGAGCACGAACUCGAGCCGGGAGACAAUUUAGCGGGAUUGUCAUUGAAAUAUGGCGUCACGGUUGAAGACAUCAAACGCGUCAACAAAAUAUUUACCAACGAGAGUAUAUUUGUAAGGAAGACGGUACUCAUACCGAGAUCAAGAGAGAGUCUGUCAAAAUCGAGUUCUCCCGCUGCGUUUCGAAAAUCGACUGAAAUAAUGUCGGACGAUCGACUGGAUGUGAACUCUUUUCUCGCCAACAUUGAUCGACAGUUAGAGGAGACGAAGGAGGCGGUGAACAAGUUGGAAGCUUCCGGAAGUCAACUACUCGUCGCGCUUGGAUUAGACACAAACGAAUCAUCAGCAACAUCAUCGAGUCACGAAUUCUCUUCACUUCCAGCAAGAGUCAGUCCUCCCCGAUUCCAUCGCACGGAACUUGACCAAACGAAUCAGAUUCAACUCUCAAACGGACACAACAGGAAGAAGAAGAAGAAGAAGAAGACAGCGAUGACAAAUUGGGAGACAGAAGACGAUAUAUUCGAGUUAUGA